AAGCGACUUUGUUUUAUACUAUGUAGUGAUAGUGAACAAGAUACUAACAUUAUAAAGAGGUAAAAUUUGUAAGUUUGUAUGUAGGGGCAAUCUUUGGAACGGCUGAUCGGGUUUCGAAACUUCUUUCACUGAUAGAUAGCUACAAUGUUCCUGAGUGCUAUCGGCUAUAAAACAUCACGCUACGAUUAAAUAGAGCCGAGCAGCGGGUGAAACCGCGCUAGAGUAGCUAGUAAAACAUAUUUUCUUGCUGUACCCUCGUAAAUUUGUUGGUAAGAAGAUAUUUUGUGUGUUUCGCAGCAGUCGUAUGACACUAAUAGUAGCACCUAGUGACAAAUAUACAGAUGUGUGUGUACACAGAGACUGUCUGUCGCAUCUUGUCUGCUAUCUGAACAAUACAACACAGAAGCAACCGAGCAAUAUUAUAAAUAACAUUCAUUCAUUUUUCGUCGAGUACAGUAAUCAUAAUUAUAAUGCAGCACAUUCAACUUUAUUUCAAGCGGAAUGACCGACUAUCCACAUUGUCAAUUAAGACGGAUGCUUAUCAAUAAUAUAUGUAUCAAUGAAAUUGCCGUUCUGCAGCACUGGCCAUUUCAAAUCAAAAUAGUUUUUGUUAGGCUAAGGCUAAUUAAUUUUGUUAUAA